AUGGCAGGCCAGCAUGAUCGUUCUGAAGCAUAUAUAUCAUCUCCGCUUUCCCAAACUGCACAUCCUCCGCCACGCAAUGACCCGCAGCCGAGCAAAGUUCGCGCCGCCCGCGAUGCAUACGCUCGUUACGAGGAAACUCAGAACGUCGCAUGUCUCCACUCUGCCAUCAAUCUCUAUCAAGAAGCCGUGGACACAGCAUCUGAACCGAAUGCUGCUACGCUGAGCUGGCUGGGACACUGCCUGCAUGCUCGCUUUGAAGCUCGGGGCAAGCUUGAAGAUCUCGAUCGAUCUAUUGAAGCAGGUCGAAGGGCGCUUGAGCUCGUUCCGAACGAACACCCCGACAAGGCUCAAGCAUUAUGCAACCUAUCCUUCUCGCUGAAACACCGCGUCAGGCGCCUCGGUCUCGUUGAUAACCUCGAAAGUGCCAUUGAGCUGCAAGAGCGCUCCCUCGCACUGACACCAACGGGCCACCCCAGUAUACCAGUCAGACUCGACAACCUCGGCUCCUUGUUGUCGCUUCGUUUCGAACGGUUUGGACAGCCCAACGACCUCAACCGCGCUAUCUCGGAACACGAACGUGCCGUUGAGCUGGCUGAUGGCCAUGUCGAUAAAGCAACUAGACUGCACAAUCUUGCAGUGUCCUUGAUCAGGUGUUUCGAGCGCCUGAGGGAGCCGGAGGAUCUCAAUCGUGCCCUUACGUUGGGAAACCGCGUCGUUGAACUCACCCCCGAUGGUGAUCCCGACCUCGCGGUGAGGCUCGGUACCCUCUGCUACAUGCAGGACACUCGAUUCAGACACCUGGGGGAACUAGAAGACGUCGAACAUGCAAUCAUGGGACGACAGCGGGUAAUCGAACUGACCGCUGACACAAAUCCCGAUAAGGCGAUGCGGCUACACAAUCUUGCAUCGUCUUUACUGAGUCGCUUCGAGCGUCUGGGCGAUCCCGAGGACCUUGAGCGCGCCAUCACAAUGCAGCGCCGCGCGAUCGACCUUACUCCGCAUGAUCACCCCGACAUGCCUAUACGGUUCGACAACUUCGGACACUCGCAGUUCCUCCGUUACCAACGACACAAGAAGCUCGAGGAUCUCGAAAGUGCUGUCGCAGAACAACGGCAUGCAAUCGAGUUAACUCCCAAUGGUCAUCCCGAGGAGGCGACUCGGCUGCAUAACCUUGCGUCGUACUUGCGUCGUCGCUUCGAGCGCUCAGGUGACCGUGACGAUCUCAAGAAGGCCCUCGAACUGCAACGUCGCACCAUCGAACUCACUCCUGAUGAUUAUCCCGGAAUGCCAGUGCGACUGGACAACUUUGGAUACCUGCACUAUCUUCGUUUCGAGCGCUUCGGAGAGCUCGAUGGCUUGAAGUGCGCCAUUGAGGAGCAGAGGCGUGCAGUGAACCUCACUGAGGAUGGCGAUAAGGACAAGGAGACGAGGCUGCACAAUCUUGGGAUGUCUCUUGUUACGUGCUUUCGCCGAGAAGGGGAUGCGGAUAGUCUCCGGGAAGCACUAUCCUGCUUCACGACUGUCACAUCCUACCCGCUACUCUCGCCAGUUGAGCGUCUCAACACAGCGAAGAGCGUCGUCAUACUUCUCAACGACUACCCGGACUUCAGUACGCGCGCGGACCUGCUUCUCGCGCACUCACGCAUCGUUGACAUCAUACCCGAGCUCGUCUGGGUCGGAUACGACUUGAAACGUCGCCUUGAAGAGUCACAGCAACUCGGCGAACUCGUCAGCUCCGCUGUAUGUGCUGCUAUCGGCGCUGACGCCGUAGCUCAGGCCGUGGAAUGGUUCGACGUGGGCAGGGCUCUCAUAUGGACGCAGACUUUAUCGCUGCGCAGCCCACUGCAUGAACUUGAGCAGGCCCAUCCGGACCUCGCACACGCUCUCACUCAUGUUCACGCUCAACUGCAGAGCUCGAUGAACUUGCCACCACAUCAGGAGAUGGGCGCUGCAGAGCCUCGCGAAGACGCGCAGCGAUCACAAAAAGACCGCCAUCGUGGGCUGGCGAUAGAACAUGGGAAGCUUCUCGCAGAAGUUCGUCGCCUACCGGGCUUCGAGGGCUUCAUGCGCCCGAGGAAGCUAUCUGCGCUAUUGCAAUCAUUCACGCCUCUCAGCGGCCCCGUCGUCUGCAUCAACGUGGAUCGCACGCGAUGCGAUGCCUUGAUCAUCCACCCUGAAGGGACGAUCACCACCCUUCAUCUUUCUGAGCUUUCUUUGGCCAAGGCAGAGGCCCUACGUUCUCGGUGGCAGUCGUACCUUGAACAGCAGAACGUUCGAGUUCGUGAGCGCAGUUCCUCGGUGCGAUAUCGCAAGUGUCAAUUAGGCAGUGAUUCGGCUGCCCGCGUUUUAGACCGCCUUUGGAGAUGGGUUGUGGGCCCAAUAUUGAGAGUACUCAACUUGGUGGAAGUCGUCUAUACAGCAAAUGACCCCAUGCCCCAUGUUACUUGGUGCCCCACUGGAGCACUGAUGCAGCUACCACUGCACGCAGCGGGCAUCUACGAUGAGACUGGAGGACCGCGCACAUGCGAUCUUGUGGUCUCUUCGUAUGCGCCGUCAUUAUCCGCGCUUACGCGCAGCCUUGAUAGUUCCGUGAGACAACUUGGCCCCACACCUCGCAUCCUGGUGGUAACGCAACCUGAUACGCCCGGCUUUCCGCCAUUACCGGGUACAACAGUUGAGGGGCUGCGGUUGCGAGAGCUCUUCGACGACACGGAGACACCAUCUAUGGCUCUUGACGGAGAGCAUGCGACAACAGACGCGGUUCAACGUGUACUCGGGGCGUACUCGUGGCUGCACCUCGCAUGCCAUGGCUCGCAAGACGCAAACAAUCCAUUGAAGAGCGCGUUCGCAUUGUACGACGGCCUGCUAACGCUGUCUGAUCUCAUGGCGACCACCGCGGAUAAUGCGGAACUUGCGUUCCUUUCCGCGUGCCAGACCGCCGUCGGCGACGAGAAGAUCCCCGAAGAGUCCAUGCACCUCGCAGCGGGCAUGCUCGCCGUCGGCUUCAAAGGCGUCGUUGCCACGAUGUGGUCGAUACGCGACGACGAUGCGCCUCUAAUCGUCGAGGAGUACUACAAGAAGCUUCUCGAGCUUCGCGUAUCAGGCUCUCUCGGACAAAGAGAGACGGGUGCAGCGCCCGCGCUACAUGAGGCGACGAAGCGGUUAAGAGAAGAAGUUGGCGAGAAGGAGUUCCUGCGAUGGGCGCCAUUCGUGCAGUUCGGGAUAUGA